CGUUCCUGACGUUAGAAGUGAGAGCUUCAAUUAGGCGUCAUAGUUUCUUUCUUUCUUUCUUUCUUUCUUUCUUUCUUUCUUUCUUUCUUUCUUUCUUUCUUUCUUUCCAUUUUCAAAUCUAAUAGCAUCCAAAUUGUGUAACGGAACAACAAUGUCUGGCGACGGUUAUACAUCAUCCAUUGCCCCCAAGGGAGAGGCGAAGCCUAAAUGCAAGAUUUCCGCGUCACGCAAGCUAUCACUAAAGAUCCUUCUGCUGACUCGUGCAACGGAAGACCUGGAGGCAGAGAAGGCUGCAAACAAGGAAGAGAAGGUUCGAUACCUGAGGGAGAAGCUUCCACCGCUGCAGCUCAGUGGGUUAAACAUCGAUGAUCUGCAGAAAGUCUGUAAGGAGAUUCAUGAAAAGAUUCAUCUGGUGGACGAAGAUCGGUAUGACUGUGAGGCAAAGGUUCUCAAGAACUACAGAGAUAUCAAUGAGUUGAAGCUAAAGGUUCAGGACCUUGGAGGAAAGUUUAAGAAACCAGCUCUCAGGAAGGUGAGAGUGUCAGCAGAUGAGAUGUUGAAAGCUCUGUUUGGAUCGAAAACUAAGGGCUCCAUGGAUCUGAGGGCCAAUCUCAAGUCUGUAAAGAAAGAAGACAUCAAACAAGAGAAGGAGCUGACGAUGGAGGUGGGUGACUGGCGUAAAAACGUGGAGGCCAUGUCUGGUAUGCAGGGCAGGAAGAAGAUGUUUGAUACUGCCGGUGGUGCCCAGUGAACCAAUUAUUUCGUGUGCUGACGAUGCAGGAUGUAAUGGAGGAAGAUUUAAUGAAAGAACUUUAAUUGAAAGUGAAAAAAAAUAACCAAAAUUUAACAUAACAUUUAUAAAAUAAAACUAAAAUGAGUCAAAAAUAAAAUGGGAUAGGCAAAAACUGAAAAUUAGAAACCUAAAAAUAAAUUAAUUCAUAAAUAACUGUAGUGGAGACUAAUACACGAUGAAGUUCAGAGCUUGGCCAUUAAAUAAGAUAUACUCCAUGAACAACUGGAUUGGUUGGAGUUAGAUUUUAGGCAUAUUAUUAUAUGGUGAUAAUACUGUAUUUCAUUUGUGAGUGCAGCAGAUUUACAUUGCUUGGUAUUGUCCUUGUACACGGUAAUGGAGCUGUGUUUCUUGUGUCUCCACUAAGGAAUGCCAUAAACUUGCAGUGCCACCUGAGAUAUUUAGAGCAAGGAUAUACUUAGCCUUUCUUCUUCUAUGGAAUGAAUUCCUCUCCGGUUAAAAACAGCAAAUAUUGUCACACACACUGAUACUUGUCCUUGAACUAGCAUCAAACACUGUCAGCAAGACAGGGGGUUGAAUAAUGAAGGGUGUUGUGGAUGGAGUCAGCAGCCUUUAAGGACUCUAAGGGUGAUGGAAAGAAUUUGUGUAUGACUGACAAUGCUGUUUUUACUGUGUAAAGUUAUUUCAUUUAGUAUAACAGUGGCCUAUAUGCACUACAAUAGUACAGCUUCUGUCUAUAUGAGCUAUGAAAUAAUCUGCCAUAACCCAGAAAUAUCAGUCUAGCCUCAAGACUAAGAAAAUCACAGAAAUUGGCCUGCUAGUCUCUAUUUUUACUUUUACAAGAAUCAGGGUGUAUAGAUGUAUGUAUAGACAUGUACCUAAUGCCCAAAUCUGAGGUUUUGGCCCACAGUUUCUGCAGAUUUGUCAGCUGUAUAUCUAUAAUGCGAAUACUCCAAAGGUGCUCUGUUGGCCUGAAAUUUGGUGACAGUAGCAAUGACAGUAGUGAGUACAGUAAACUCAUUGUCAUGUACAAGAAACUAGUUUGAGAUUAUUUGAGACUUGUAACAUGAUAUUCUAUUCUGAUUGAAAUAAGCAGAAAAUGGGUACAGUGUGGUCAUAAAGGAUGGACAUUAUUAGCAACAAUACUCAGGCAGGCUGUGGCAUUUAAACAAUGCUUAGAUGAUAAAAAGGGGCCCAAAGUGUGCUAAGAAAAUAACUCCCAUAACAUUACAUCACCUACAGCAGCCUGAACUGUUGAUACAAGGCAGGAUGGAUGCAUGCUGUCAUGUUGUUUACAACAUGCACGAAUUAAAUUACGACUUGUCAGACCAGGUAAUGUUUUUAUAGUCUUCUGUUGUCUAAUUUUGGUCCGCCUGUGUCAACUGUAGCCACAGUUUCCUGUUUCGAGCUGACAGGAAGUGACACCUGUUGCAGUCUUCUGCUGUUUUAAGGUUUGACAUGUGCCGUUGAGGAAAAAAAAGCAGGACAUGUUUUCUGCAUACCUUGGUUGUGAUGAGUGGUUAUUUGAGCUACAUUUGCCUACCUAUCAGAUCAACGCACCCUGACUAUUCUAGUGUCAUCUCUGACAUCAACAAAGGAUUUCCACCUAGAGAACUACUGUUCACUGGAUAGUUUAUAUUUUUCAUACCAUUGUCUGUAAACCCUAGAGAUGGUUUUGUGGAAAUUUCGUGUAGAUGAACACGUCCCAUCCUUCACCAGGUUUUAACUUCAGCUAGUUAACUAUGCCUAAAUUCAUGAGAUUGCCUGAUAAGAUCGAUUGCUGACCGGCAGGAACACAAAUGUCUUUCAAGUUUAUCUGAAUGACUUUAAGAAUAAUUACCAUUUACCAAUUAGAUCAAAGAUAUAACUUUAAGAACUGUAUAUUGAAAUCCAUCAAGAGUAAUGUGAAAAUGUGCAGAGAUGUACCAAGGAGGAAUACAGUGAUGAUGCACCUAUAAAGCUUGUUUCUCUCCAAAGGUAAUUCAAUCAAUAACUAGAAUACCUCUUUUUUUGUUUUAAAUUAAAAGUUGUCUCAGUUCAUUACUUGCAUCCUGGGGCAGUUGUGGCUCAAAAGGCAGAGCAGUUUAUCUUCGAGUUGGAAAGUUGAUGGUUUGAUCCAAAUUUCUACAGCCUACAUGUUGAAGUAUCCUUUGCCAAGACACUAAACCCAGAGUCCCUUAUGAUGCACCUAUAUGAGUGUGUGUGGGAAUAUUAGGAAAGCUCUGAGGCAUGGAUAAAAGUGCUAUAUGAAUAAGUGUGACUGGGUGUUAGGUCUAAUUGUUGAAUGUUGCCAUUGUGUUUCUUAAAUUUGUACAGUCUUAGUUCAAGCAGUAUUAUCAAAGCUAUUCCUUUGAUCCUGAGCACCUCUAACCACUUUGUGUUGGGGGAGG